AUGUGGAACAUCUUCAAGAAGAACCAGCAGCCAGAGGCGGCUCCGGCGGCCACCACCACGGCCACCGUGCCCGCCAUGCCGGCCGGGCCCGUGGGCAACUCCACCGAGAGUGGGGGUGCCGAGGGGAGCAAGGAAGACAUGUUUACCAAGCUGAAGGACAAGUUCUUCAAUGAGAUGAGCAGGAUCCCCCUGCCGCCCUGGGCGCUGAUAGCCAUCACCGUGGUGGCCGGCCUCCUGCUCCUCACCUGCUGCUUCUGCAUCUGCAAGAAGUGCUGCUGCCGGAAGAAGAAGAACAAGAAGGAGAAGGGCAAGGGCGCCAAGAACGCCAUGAGCAUGAAGGACAUGAAAGGCGGGCAGCCCCCACAGGACGAUGAUGACGCUGAGACCGGCCUCACCGAGGGGGAGGGGGAGGGCGAGGAGGAGAAGGAGCCGGAGAACCUGGGGAAGCUGCAGUUCUCCCUGGACUACGACUUCCAGGCCAACCAGCUGACCGUCGGCGUGCUGCAGGCCGCAGAGCUGCCCGCCCUGGACAUGGGAGGCACCUCAGACCCUUAUGUCAAGGUCUUCCUCCUCCCGGACAAGAAGAAGAAGUACGAGACCAAAGUUCACCGCAAGACGCUGAACCCCGCCUUCAACGAGACCUUCACCUUCAAGGUGCCGUACCAGGAGCUGGGGGGCAAGACCCUGGUGAUGGCCAUCUACGACUUCGACCGCUUCUCCAAGCACGACAUCAUCGGGGAGGUGAAGGUGCCCAUGAACACGGUGGACCUGGGCCAGCCCAUUGAGGAGUGGAGAGACCUGCAGGGCGGCGAGAAGGAGGAGCCGGAGAAGCUGGGCGACAUCUGCACGUCCCUGCGCUACGUGCCCACGGCCGGCAAGCUCACCGUCUGCAUCCUCGAGGCCAAGAACCUGAAGAAGAUGGACGUGGGCGGCCUCUCGGACCCCUACGUGAAGAUCCACCUGAUGCAGAACGGCAAGAGGCUCAAGAAGAAGAAGACGACGGUGAAGAAGAAGACGCUGAACCCCUACUUCAACGAGUCCUUCAGCUUCGAGAUUCCCUUCGAGCAGAUCCAGAAAGUCCACGUGGUGAUCACGGUGCUGGACUACGACAAGCUGGGCAAGAACGAGGCCAUCGGCAAGAUCUUCGUGGGCAGCAACGCCACGGGCACGGAGCUGCGGCACUGGUCCGACAUGCUGGCCAACCCGCGCCGGCCCAUCGCCCAGUGGCACUCGCUGAAGCCCGAGGAGGAGGUGGACGCUCUCCUGGGCAAGAACAAGUAG